AUGAGAUUGGCCGUUGUCAACGAUAGGCUUUAUGCUGUGGGUGGGCGUGGAGGCGCCGACCAAGAAACAGUUGAAGUUUUUGAUCCUGAAGCGAAUCAAUGGGGAAAUCACAGCAACAUGAAUGAAAAUGGUGGCGAACAACCGGAUGCCGUUGGACUUCGUCAAACCCGUCGUCGAGUGUCUUCGAAAGAACAGCAACUACGCACCAAAGACACGAUACGAGUCCCAAUCUGA